CUUGAGCUCAGUGGCCUGUGGUGUGCUCGUCGACCCGUGCGCUCUAAUCUAGUCGGUCCCGGUUUCUGCGUGAGAUUUGGCGGGCAUAAUGUCUUCAUUACGCAACUCUUUACAUCGGCGUAACCACAAGGAGCGUUCGCAGCUUGCCAACCGUUCAAGGCUAGGGAUCCUCGAGAAACAUAAAGACUAUGUCCUCCGUGCGAGGGACUACCACUCCAAGCAAGAUAGGCUCACCCGCCUGCGGCAGAAGGCUGCAGAACGAAACAAAGAUGAAUUCUACUUUGCGAUGAAUCGGCAGAGGACGAGUGGCGGGAUGCACAUACAAGAUAGAGGAAAUACGGCGCUGCCAACAGAUAUUGUGAAAGUGCUGAAGACGCAGGACGAGAACUAUCUGCGGACGAUGAGGACUGCGGGAUCGAAGAAAAUCGACAAGCUGAAAAUCAAACUCAGUGCGCUCGUAGAACUGAUGCGGCCGGCCUCGUUCAGGGAGGAAGACGGGCUGGAAGAGCUGAGCGAUGAAGAAUUAGAAGUGCUCAUCGACGCGAGGAUAUUCCCCGCUCCGCCUCUAAACGGGAGAAGGUCAGGAAGUGGUGUCAAGGGCAAACACAUUGUCUUUGCAGAGAGUGCAGAGGAAGCGAGGGACUUGGUUUUUUCUCGCGAAGACGCGAAGAAGGAUGAAGAUGAAAGAAUGGAAGAAGACGUCAUCGACCUGGGAUGGAGGGGUCUGGAUGAACAUUCAAAGGUCCAACGGGCGCAUGCAUCGGACCAAAAUGGAUCACUCGAGGAUCAUGUUACAGUGGAAGAGAAACGAAGAGGGGCCGCUCUUAAACAUAGAGCACGUCUCCUGAAGGAGCUCUCCGCACGUCUGUUCCGGGACCGACAACUACGCUACGCGGAGAGAGAGCUCGAGAUGCAGAGGCUGCUGAUGGGCAAGGGUGGCGCAAGAAGGCUGCGAGGAGUCGAGAAGGUGGAGAAUGCAGAUGACGACGAUGAGGACGAGGACGAGCCUAGAGGUGGAGACGGGAAGAAGGUGGACGAAAAGGUCUGGAAGCCUAGAGUUUACAAAUGGCGAGUCGAGCGUAAAAAAUGA